ACCGACAGUUUGCAUUCACAUAGCGAAGGCGCGUAAAGCAGAAGAAUAAAGAAACAUUCAACGCACAUACAAACGUGAAAAGAUAUUCCCUGUCAUAGCAUAGGAAUCUGAAUUAUAAGGUACCGGAAGAAUCGAAUCGGGGCAUAAUUGAAAAGCCCAAUUGAAAGAAAGAGCAAGCUCCGCCUUCUAUGCCAGUGUGUGUAAAGGCAGCUUUGACCGACCGACCAACCGACCGACAACUGGUGACUCGAAACUUCUAUUUAACAUUGGCAAUCUAACCAAAACGGUUCAUUUUCAUUUGUGCACUUAGGCAACAAACAACAAACAUUCAGCAAACAGCAUUAAAUUCAUUGAAUUAUUAAUUAAAAGUGAUAAAUCUGUUCUGUGAUUUUGUGUAAAGACAUCAACAACAACAACCCGAAGAACAAAAAUGAUGAAAUUAUCUGCGAGUAUUUGUUUGCUGGUCGUUCUGGCUGUGGCUAACCAGGCUCAGGCUGACAGUCUUAAAUGCAACAUCAAGUCGAAUGCGGUCUUCAAGGGAUGGCCCGACAUGAAGCGACCCUGCAUUGAGAGCAUGCGCAAGCAGAUUCAGAAGGAGAUCUUUGCCUCCACCCAAUACCUGGCCAUGGCUGCACACUUCGCCACCGACACCGUGAAUCGUCCCGGAUUCACCGAGCACUUCAUCAAGGCCGCCAAGGAGGAGCGUGAGCACGGAGCUAAACUGGUGGAAUACCUGUCCAUGCGUGGUCAGUUGACCGAUACCGUGAACAACCUAAUCAGUGUGCCGACUGUUGAUGUGCGCAAAUGGUCUGGUCUGUCCGCUCUGGAGGCUGCAUUCAAGCUGGAAACCGAGGUGACCAACUCCAUUCGCGCCCUUAUCAAGACCUGCGAGGGCACUGCCAAGAACGGCGAAGAUAACGACUACCAUCUGGUCGACUAUCUGACUGGCGUUUAUCUGGAGGAGCAGUUGACUGGUCAACGCGAAUUGGCCGGCCAGAUCACCACAUUGGAAAAGAUGAUGUCCGCCCACGGCGAAUUGGGCGAAUUCCUGUUCGACAAGAACAUGUAAGGCGUCUAGCCCCCACGGGAAUCCCCAACUCAUUCUCUAGCAAACUAUUCAUAGUUUUAACUGUGCUCUUUGAAAACUAUUAUUUAAAAUUUACUGUUAUCAGCCGCAGAAAAAAACAACAACAAAAACAAUUCACAUGCAUCAAGUAUUUUGUCAUUUAAUCAUUUUGCCAAACGUAGUCCAUAAUUAAAUCAUUCUGAAAAUGAGAAAUUUUUGCUUUAUUUGUGUUUUCAAAGAUUGGCCAAUAAAUAUUUCAUUCGGAUUGCAUUCAAUUUCAUUCCAAUGCACAGUUAA